AUGAAUAUUAGUAGUAAUACAUUUAUAAAUGAUUGUAAGAAGGAGGAGAAUAAUAUAUCACCAACAACAUUAUAUCCUUUUGUUUCAACAAUUACACAAUCAUCACCAACAAAUUUAAUUGUUUCACCAAAUUCACAUCCAACAGAUUCAUUGUUAGCAUGUUCAACAACUUUACAAAAAUUUUGUAGUAAUAAUUCUUCUUUGGAUAGAAAUCGUCAUACUAUUGAUAAUAGUUCAUUUAGUCAUGUGGAUUUAACAAAAUAUCCAGUUGAAGUUUAUAAUCGGUUAUUAACUACAUGUCUUCAGAUAAAUGUUGGUGGUCAAAUACAACUAUGGCAAUUUAUACUUGAAUUAUUAGGUAAUGAUCAUAUUUUUAGUUAUUGUAUCUCUUGGGAAGGUGGACAUGGAGAAUUUAAACUUCAUGAUCCAGAUGAAGUAGCAAAAAAAUGGGGAGAACGCAAAGGUAAACCAAAUAUGAAUUAUGAUAAACUUAGUAGAGCUUUACGAUAUUACUAUGAUAAAAGUAUAAUGACAAAAGUUCAUGGUAAAAGAUAUUGUUAUAAAUUUAAUUUUCCCGGUCUUGUUACUGCAUGUCAAUGCAGUCCAAAUUUUUCAGGAAAUAUUAAUCCUUUAAUUCAAGCUGAAUCAAUUCUUCAAAGAUAUACAGCUGGUUUUCAAAGGAAUGAUGUUAUAUUACCAAGUAUGACAACAAAUAGUCUUACUCAUAAUUUAUCUUCUUAUCAAAAUAAAUCACCUUAUCAAAAUUUUCUAUCAAGAUCAAUUAUUACAAAUACAUUACAUCCAAAUUCUUUAGCAAAUAAUGAACAAUUAUCUGGUAUAUCAGGUACUUUUUCACAAUAUCCUUCAACAAUUGUUUCAUCAUCAUCAACAAACAUAAAUUCAUUUCGUGACAAAGAAUCUAUUAGAGCUUAUUGGGCACCACAUCCAAAAGGUGAUAAUAAAAAAAAAGUAUUUUUAGGUGAUAAUAAUAAUACUAGAUUUAAUUCAUCAUUGACAAGUGAAAGUAACAAUAUGGCUAAUAAUGUUAAUCAUCACAUAAAUACAUUUAAUACUUCUUAUUCUAUGUAUCCAAAUAAUAAUUCAUAUAUUAACCAUUCAUAUCCAAUGAUGGCAUCUAAUACAAUGUUUUCAAAUUCAUCACAUCUUUCCACCCAAUUACCAUUUGACUUUAGAAGACAAUACAUGGAAAAUAUGAAUUUUCCUAUGAAUGUUAAUAUUACAUUACAUCAUCAACAACAAAAUCAACAUCUUCGACAACAACAUCAAAUACAAAAUCACGACCAAUAA